AUGGAAAACGACGACAUGCUGGGCUCUUCUCCAGUCCAGCAGAGCAAGAGGCGAAGAACGGAUGACCCGGCAGCACCCGUCUCGCCGGAGGGCAAGUUAGCAGCUUCUGCAGAUGAGAGCGAAGACACUGAGAGCGAAGAGGAGCUCGAAGAGGACACCCCAUACGGCGAAAGAAUCGAGGACCUUAGAAACCUUCUACAUGAUGUCACCACGCUGGUUCCGCAGAAACGCAUGCAGGAGUUUGCACAACUUCGCAACAGAUGCCAAGAGGUAGAGCAGGUCAUGAGGAAGAAGAAGGUAUGCUUGUUCGGAGCGAAUGGGAAUGGAAAGAGCUACUUGAUCAACAUGUGGCUUAUGUUGACCUCCUGCCUGUCUGCGGAAUAUCAGCAGGGAAACGAGGAAAGCUCGGGCGCAAAGAAAGAAACGGCUGAGGAUGAUGACAAGAAUGAAAGACGGGUGAAGACUUACAGCAACACGUCGAGCCCCUUAAACGAUAUAGACCUCGUCAUUGAAAAGUACACCCGAUGUACUCCGCUUUUCAGGAAGCAGGAAAAGAAUCAGGAAACUUUUGGCAAUCAGCUGCCGUCGCACUUGCUUCCAAGCAAGAACUUGGGCUCCAGUCUAACACCAUGUGCAAUCAAUCUGGUGUACUCGAGGCGUUACUACAUGGAGGUGGAGUAUCUCAGCAAGGAAGAGCUUCUGGAAGAUGCAGGCCCGUGGAUCUCAUGUCAGCGAGGAGGAAACUCGUACAAGAAGAAAUUUCGAGAGAUGCGGUCUCGCUACGAUGCUGUAGUGGCAGACGAGUUCAAGACCGUCGAUGAAAAGAUUCCCGAUAACGUCACGAGCACCGACGAUAUCCGGAUCAAGCCCGGGCUUGAGAAGGUUGCUGGAAAUCGCUACCGCUUCAAAGGAAAUGGAAAGGAUCUCCACAACGACCGACAGUUCAUCCGAGACAAGCUAGACAAGCUUCUUGAACAAGAAAUCUUCAAGACAGGCGUAAAGUCGGAGAAGAUUGGUGUGCCGAGUACGAUUCUACAGCAGGUAGAUCAGAUCACAGAUUGCCCAGGAACCAAUGAGCUACAAGAGCUGCCGCGGGUGGAGCAGCAUGACGUGAUCGUGAUACUGGAGAAGAGGUCGCUGGACUCGAGCUGUAGUAGCAUCGAGUUUCUCAAGAGCACCGACUUCAUUAGAAACAUGAUCAAGCACGGACAAAGUCACCAAAUGGUUGUUUUCUUGUGCAUUGAAAACAGCAGCGAUAUGAUUGACCAUUACUACAACAUCAUCAAGGGGAAUGGGCAAAACAUUCAACAGAUGCAUGAUGAUAUGAUUAAGAAAAGCUCCAAGUACAUGUACGAGACAUUGUUUGAGUGCUGUAUGGAGGAAGGAAUGGAUCAUAACGAGGCCAUCAGCCGGGCGAAAGAGAUCAAUGCCUCCAUCAUCUAUUCGGUCAUCUAUCCGUCCUUGUACACUGCCAUUGAGUUUGACAAGGCAUGGCGGGAGGAGCAUGCUCAAGAUCUCCCUCGUAUCCUCUCGACCAUCGACUGCUACACAAUGUUGGGAGUGUUUCGGAGAUUGCCUGCUCAGGUUCUUUCGAACGUUGCCCCCGAGUUCUAUCGAGACAUUGAAACAUUCAUCGAGCGGAUCACGCAGGAAGGAGAGCUGACUCGGGAGCAGAUGAAACCGCUGAAAGCCACCGAGUCCAUGAUUGAGGCAGCUGAGGAGUUUAGGAGCAUGUUCAAGAUCAACAGGAAAACGGAGACCAGAGUGAAAGCGAAGAUGGAGGCUCCCUAUGACGCGCUGGAUACUUAUCUUGAUUUGUGUCACGAGAAACUUGAAAAGUGCGUGAAGAAGUUUGUUGAGCUCGAUGGGAACGAGACGGUGCAGCAAGCCUUCGUUGAGUGGUUACAAGGCUUGAUUCAAGAAACUCAAAUCACCAAAGAAAACAAGGCAUGGAUGUCGAGCAAGUGGGUGGGCAGGGGUGACGAAUGCUCCUUCUAUGUCGCGGUGUCGCGUUGGUGGGCUGACAAGUUGAAGUAUGAUGAGCUUGAGGAUGUGCUAAGGCAGUUCCUAUCGGAGUUAAUGAGAUUUCUUCCCGGAAACAAGAAGUCGACGAACUAUGAGCUUCUGCUAAACAAGUACAUCAACACGAGGCUUCAAGAGAAUCAGUUUGAAACGGCAAAGGAUAGCUUCUUCCUUACAGGAAAGUCUGCCCUUCAUCUCAGCCAGAGCAACUUCGAGACCAGAAUCUUGAGAGAAGCUCAGCUUCAGGCAAUCAAGGCUUAUCUCAAGCGCCAUGAGAAAGACGCUAACCGAUUGAAAAUUGACGCCUACAAGAGAAAGCUUCAAGAAGGGGCUUCGACGCUGUGCACUGAUUUUGUUGACGCCUGCAAGAGCUUGCUCUGGAGGAAAGCAGAGUUCGCGUACAAGAUCUUUGCCAACCGGUUGACGACGAUCAACAAGAGCCUCAAUCCGAAGUUUUCCCUUGUCAUCGCUUGUUACGACUUCGCCGACUACGUGCUGGAGGAGUCAGAGAAGACCCGACCCUUCGAGGGCAAAAGCGGUGUUGAUGACGUGGCAGCCAUCUUGUCUCGGAUCAAGAAAUGCAUCCCUCAGCAGAGCACUGACCUCUACGUCGAGGUGGUGAACAAGGAGGUGGCAGAGUCGAUCACGAGGAAGAGGCUGCACAGGGAGCUUGACAGCUUGCAGCGCGAGCACGGGGAUCUGCUGCUGGGACCGAGCUUGAAGCCUCACAACAUGAGACACAUGAAGCGAGACGAGUGGAAAACAAGCGAGGUCAGCCUUCCUCUCAACAUCGACCCGAGUCAGGUGGAGUCGCUGCUUCACACGCUUGACAAGAUGAGGCUCAAGAUCUGGCCGAGCACGGAGGAAGUCAAGCCAGGAGCCAACGAGAGGAUGUGCCUGUUUAAGGCCAUCGCACUCAACAGGUGGGAUGCGGAGCAGAACCUGAAGGAGAUGAUGGCGCAGCUGAGAAUCGCCUUCUGCUUGCAGCUGAAGCGAUGCAACGAGACAGCUCAAGACCGAGCGACUUUCGCCGAGCGAUACAGCCACGUCAUCCCCCCCGGCACAGACUGGAAGAGGGACUGGAAGUCCUACCUCAACAAUGCGGAGAGGGAGGAUUGGCCGGGAGACUUACUGUGCCUGGCCGUGAUCUCGGAGCGGUUGUUUCCUCAGCCUCUCAACGCCGUCGUGUGGGGCUCGGGCAUGUCGCAGCCGAUGCAGAUCAACGAGGAGAAGAAUUUCUACUGCUAUGCCAUCCUUUCAGAGACAGACAACUGGUACGACUUCAGGAUAGUGAGAUCGAAGAGCAGAAUUGUGGAGGAGGAGGAGGCUCUAGCAAGUGAGCGCAGUCUCAGGAUGCGAGUCCGGUCAGUGGUCAUGUUAGUGACUUACAAGAUGCUUGACGAGAUUGGGGGAAAGUUCGAAGAGCUUUGCGAUAGAGCGAUGGGCUGCAAGGUCAAGAUCUACGUCCCCAAACCUGUUUUCGACAAGAUCACGGGGACGUCGAAGCUCUCGAAAGGCAUGAACAAGAUUGAGCGUUACAUCGCCUGCCAGAUCCACAACCCCAUGUUCAUGCUCGAGUCCAGGGACGAUGCUCGUGCGAUGCAAGGCCUCGAUAACAACAAGAUGGACCAGAUUGUCGUUUGCGCCAAGUCUCUGCAGAACAAGAAGUCGAACCUUGUUGUGGUCGUGGCUCUAGAGAAGGAGGCUGCCUAUAUGCAGUGCAUGCAGCUGGGGAUACCGGUCUUCACUCCUGGGUUUGGGACACCAGUCGAGCAAAGCUUUCCGGCUGCUGGUAUGAUGGAUAUACUGGAGAAGUUGGCGACGAGGAGGCACAAGGACCCCGCGUCGUUUUUUGAGGAGGAGUGGAGGAAAAAGCGUGGGAUUGUCCAGACAGAACCGUAG